AUGGAAUUUUUGGACUCCUUUGAUUUCUACAAUCAAUAUCAAAAGAAAGCGACCACACAAGCCUUCAUGUGCUGGGACAAGAGUGCUGAUGAUGAAUUGAUCGUAGUGGCUUUUAGAGGAACAGAGACAUUUGAUGCAGAUGCCUGGUCUUCGGACAUUGAUCUCUCUUGGUAUGAACUUCAUCAGGGCAAAAAAGAAGUCCAUGGAAAAGUCCAUGGUGGUUUCAUGAAAGCUCUUGGGUUACAAAAGAGCCACGGCUGGCCUCUAAUAUACCAAAAAGACGACGAAAAACCACUGGCUUAUUAUGUCAUCAGGGACAAGCUAAGAGAAAUUUUACAAGCUAACGAAAAGGCAAAGUUUAUAGUUACUGGUCAUAGCUUAGGAGGGGCACUGACCAUUCUUUUUCCAGCUAUAUUAGCUUACCACGACGAUGACUUGUUACUAAAGAGAUUACAAGGAAUUUACACAUUCGGACAACCUAGAGUUGGAGACAAGGAAUUUGGGGAUUACAUGGAAGGACUAUUUUCGAGUUAUGAAAUUCAGUAUCUUAGAUAUGUUUACUGUAACGAUAUUGUCCCAAGGUUGCCUUACGAUGACAAGAGUUUCAUGUUCAAGCACUUUGGGAAAUGCCUCUACUUCAAUACUUUCUACGAAGGCAAGGUUGUCGCGGAGGAACCAAACAAAAACUAUUUCUCGCCAUGGUACACAAUUCCACAGACAAUUCCACAGACGCUGAAUGCAAUUUGGGAGCUGAUAAAUACUCGAAGGGGCCAGAUUACAAAGAGCCAGGCAUUCUUCAAGUGUUAAGAGUAAUAG